AAAACAUGGUAUUGUUUAAUUGUCAUACAAGGUGUGUGGUUUAUAGAAAAUAAUUGCGCUUGUAGGAAGAGCACGUUUCGAUAUCCUUUCAUCAUGUAUGAACAAAAAAGUUAUGCAGCCUCGAAAAGAAACUAUCAUACUUGCGAUAAUAGAAACAUCAACCCAGAUGAAAUUACUACAGUUUAUAAACAUCCAGACGUUACUUAUAUCUGUGAAUAUAUAAAAGACAAAUUCUAUUUUGCAACGUUAUACAACGGUCGAAAGGAUGUAAAAAGCACAUCUAAUAUCCAUUUCUUUACAAUCGAUGACGAGCUAAUUUACAAUAACUUUUACUACGAUUUUGGCCCUUUAAACCUCGCCUGUUUAUACAAAUACUGCUGCAAAGUAAGUAAGAAGCUCGAGAGCCCAGGAAAUGAGCAUAGACAAAUCGUGCACUAUACAUCACAACGAGAUCACAAAAGGGCAAAUUCCGCAUAUCUGGUUGCCUCUUACGCGGUAUUAUACCUGAACAAAAGUCCAAGAGAAGCUUACAACAUUCUUUUUAUGGGAGGUGAAAUUCCUAUAAAGCCAUUUCGAGAUGCCUCUAUGGGAUCAGCAAUUUAUAGUAUUCAUUUGUCAGAUUGCUUGAACGCGCUUAAAAAAGCAGUUUCUUUCGGUUUUUUUAAUUUUUGCGACUUUGAUGUGGUUGAGUAUGAAAAGUACGAGGACAUGAGAAACGGUGCCUUAAAUUGGAUGGUACCACAAAAGUUCCUGGCUUUCGUUGGUCCAAGUACGGAACCAGGCACACCUUAUCAUCCACCUGAGUGCUACAUUGAUUACUUUUUAAAGAAUGAAGUCACAGCCGUGGUCAGAUUGAAUAAGAAAGCAUACAGUGCAUCGAGAUUCACCGAUGUAGGGAUCACGCAUUACGAUAUGUUCAUGCCAGACGGCACGGUACCACCGAGAAGAAUACUGAAUGAAUUUUUGCAACUAAGCGAAAAUACCAGCGGUCCAAUAGCAGUUCAUUGCAAAGCUGGAUUAGGAAGGACAGGUUCAUUAAUUGCCGCAUAUUUAAUAAAGCAUUAUAAAAUGACGGCAAGAGAAGCUAUUGCCUGGAUAAGGAUUUGCAGACCUGGUUCCGUUAUUGGACACCAACAAGCCUGGUUAGAAAAUAUAGAGAAAAAUUUGUUGAACGCUGGUCAACAAUAUAAACUGAAGUAUUAUGGCGAUGGUGAUGUAAUAUUGCACCAUAAACGCGGAAUAUAUUCGAUCGCAAACAAGUUGGAAAAGAAAAUACACUACAUGCCUGAUGGAGGCUGCACAGAACCAAACUACGAUAGUCUGCCGAUAGAGAAAAAAGGCAAAACGAAAUUUACGAGAAUUUUAGGAAAAUUAAGAAAUUUCCGCGGGACAGACGAUUCAGAACGAACUCCACAGAAAUACAGGGCUACGGAUCCAUAUAUUAUGACACAAGGAGAUAGACUAAACGAAAUCAAAAUGAACAAAUUCAAAUCAUCUCGAACUUCAGAGUCGCGACAAAAGAAUUGCAUCUCCCAUGGAUUGGACGUUUUGAAAAACGCGCGUCGAAGGAAAUAAGUAAGUAAACAUAAAAGAAAAGAAAUUAUUUCGUUCAAACACGAAAUUUACUUCUUCCUAGUUUAAUUUGAAUUAUAAUUGAGAUUUUUUCAA